CCGACUGGCUAUAAAUCCUCCAGAGGAGAAACAGAAGAUUGAAGGGAGGACUGAGAAGUAUUGCUGCACUGAUGCACUGUGUGCAGGCUGACUGUCAGCGCCCGCACGAAUUCUAGUAUGCAGAACGGCAGCAGUAUGAGGGCGCAUCAAAGACCCCGGGUUAUUGAGAUCGCUCGCAGUGUGUCAUUCAGUGCGUGUCACAGGCUGCACUGCACCUCUCUGAGUGAUGAGGAAAAUAAAAAUAUUUUUGGCAAAUGUAAUAAUCCUAACGGCCACGGCCACAAUUACCGAGUGAUCGUCACGGUGCGUGGAGAAAUUGACCCUGUCACUGGGAUGGUGAUGAAUCUGACAGAUUUGAAGAAGCAUAUGGAGGAAGCUAUUAUGGUUCAACUGGAUCAUAAAAAUCUGGAUCGUGAUGUUAAUUUCUUCAAGAACAUUGUUAGUUCUGUAGAGAAUGUGGCCGUAUUCAUCUGGGACGGCCUGCAGGAGCGUCUCCCUGCAGGACUUCUGCAUGAGGUGUGUGUGCAUGAGACUGAGUGCAACAGUGCUACAUACAGAGGGGAGUGAGAUCACCCAGAUGGAAGAGCAACAGCCAAACACCGUAACCUGGCUUGGAGACAAAGAGGCUGCCUCUAACUGAGCAGAAAUCAGCUGUACUCUAUCUUGGUUUAGGGAAUCUUGGUACUCAGCAUCUUGGUACUCUCUAACUCAUGUACACCCCUUGAAGAUCUAUUUACUGUAUCUAAUCUUCAAACUGUUCCGUGAGUUGGGAAGUUGAGAGAGAAUUUGAAGGCCUAUUUUCCUAAUAUAGUAUGAGUGCACUGCAGAGCUACAGCUUACAGUAGUCUCCUAAUAAUGUAUUUAUACAUAUUUUUUUAUCCCGAUUUCCUGAUAAACAAUUUCAUAAUUAACAAAAUUUAUAUUCCCUAUUUCUGCAGCUGGGUGCACUGUGUUCCACAGGGAAUACAUUGGGGUGUAGAGUUGGAUAUUGAUCCAGAGGCACCAACAUGCUAAAGCUUUGACUGUCCCCAGGAUGCAUUGCACCGUCUCCUCUAUAACCCCGCCUCUGGACACUGGAGCUCAGUUUGUAAGUUGGUGCCUGCAUAGCAGGUCACUUAACAGGGGCGGCUGCGCUGGGCAGCCCUGAAAAGAGGUUUUUAGAAGACUUCAAGGGCCACAGCACUUUCUAUGUCAUUAUGACAUGCUGUGCUGCGGCUCCAUCACCUCCCCAGCAUCGCUGCAUACUCCUGCAGCUGGUUCCCGGGUACGUGCAACAGAGGCGCACCGGUCCACAGGCACACCUCCGCUGAUGCUCUCCAGGAUCGCGUGGCUGCACAUCAGGGAGGAGGUAAGAGGGUCGUCCAGGUGGGACCCGCUGGUAAAUCGCGGUCCCAGGAGACGGACCGCGCCGCUGGUGUGGACACUCUACUGCACAGGGACACCACUAUAUCCACCAGGGCAGUGUGCACAGGUCGAAUUUUAAAAAAUCCGUUUUACAUAGGCUCCACAGUACCCAGUGGUGAGGACCAGCAUAGGGCAUAAGGCGCUGACCUGUAGCCUUCCCCCAGCUCCGGGCGCCAUCUACUGCUGGUGUUCCCGCCCUGGAGCUGCAUUUCACUCUCCCUCACUCCCUGACAAAGAUUUUGGUGCCAUCUUUACACAAGUAGCUGCGGCUGAUUACAGUCACUUAAGUAUUCUACAAGUGAUUGUAGACAGUGUUAGUUAAGAACAAGUGUACUUUUACCUAAAUAUUUAGUACAAGUAUUCUGAGAUAUACAUCCAGUAUCUACUGUGCGUUGUUAUUUAUAUAUAUAUAUAUAUAUAUAUAUAUCU